AUGGAGAAAAAAGCGCCUUCUGUCGAUGGAAACCCAGUCACUACCGACGAGGGCACCAUGUCCCCGUACGGUCAGACCAAGCGUGGCCUGUCUGCUCGCCAUGUACAGCUGAUGGCUAUCGGAGGGUCCAUCGGAACUGGUCUGUUUGUCGGUAUCGGAUCGUACAUGCGCGAUUCUGGCCCCCUGUCUGUUGUCCUGGGUUAUCUCUUGUACGGCCUCCUGUUCAUCUGGCCAUGUUACCUGUGUGUGGGUGAAAUGUGUGCAUACCUGCCGAUUCGAGGUUCAAUCUUCGAGCUGGCCGCACGAUAUAUCGACCCUGCAUUUGGCUUUGCCAUGGGCUGGGUGUACUUCUAUGCAGGUGUGAUGCUAGUAUGCGUCGAAUAUUCAGCCGUUGCCACUAUCAUGCAGUACUGGACGACAAGCGUGAAUCCCGCAGUUUGGAUUGCCAUGGCAAUGGUCGUGUGCAUUAUCCUGAACAUUGUGGCAGUCGAGUGGUAUGGUGAAAGUGAGUUCAUCAUGGCAUCGACCAAGGUCCUUCUCAUCAUCGGUCUUAUCCUCCUCACGUUCAUCACAAUGGUCGGCGGAAACCCCAAAAAAGACCCGUAUGGAUUCCGCUACUGGACGGAUGGUGUCAUGUACGAGUUCUACACCGACGGCGACACCGGUCGGUUCCUCGGUCUGUUCAACGUCAUGGUAUAUGCUGCCUUUUCUUUGGCUGGUCCUGAUCUCCCGUCUCUCGCUGCGGGCGAGAUUCAAAACCCGCGAUACACCAUUCCUCGCGUCUGCAAGAUGAUCUUCUGGCGUAUUGUUGGAUUCUAUGUCAUCGGAACCCUCGCCGUGAACAUUAUUUGCGACUCCCACGAUCCUCGCCUCAUCAGUGCUAUCGACAACGGCGAGGCCGGAUCUGCCGCCUCACCAUGGGUUAUCGGGAUCGAGAACCUGGACAUCCACGGCUUGCCAGAUCUGAUAAACGUCCUCAUUCUGCUUUCCGGUUGGUCUUGCGGUAACGCGUACGUGUACGGCUCGAGUCGCACGCUGUACUCGCUUGCGAAGGACGGACAAGCCCCAAAGUUCCUCCUCAAGUGUACCAAGUCUGGAGUGCCAAUCUAUUGCGUCCUGGUUGUGUCGCUAAUCACCUGCAUCACCUUCAUGGUCGCCGACAAUUCAUCAGUAGAGGUCUUCUAUUGGUUCAUUGAUCUCACCACCUGUGGAUUGGUUCUCACCUAUACCUGCAUGGUGGCUGUGUUUCUCGCCUGGUAUCGGGCACUUCGCGCCCAGGGUGUUGAUCGCGCUACUCUGCCAUGGGCCGCACCUUUGAUGCCCUACUGGGCUAUCCUAGCCCUGAUAGUUGGGUCUGCUGUCACCUUGUUCAACGGGUUCACAGUUUUCUCACCUUGGAGCACUCAGGGAUUCAUCACCUCGUACUUUGCCAUUGGAUUUUUCAUGGUGACGUUUGCUUUCUGGAAAUUUUGGCACAAGACAUCAUUUGUCAAACCAGCAGAAGCCGAUAUCAUCUCUGGCAAAGCAGAAAUUGACGCCGAGUGUCGCAUUUGGGAGGACGGCGGCUUCAAGGAGAGGCGCAGAGCGGAGUUGGCACAGAUGCACUGGUCCCGCCGGUGGUGGGAAAAGAUGUGGUAA